UCUAAGACAAGACCGCCGCUCGCACACAGACUUGACCAAGAACCAGCGCUCGAGGCAUCUCCACACGCCACUCCCCCUAACGGCAAAGCAAGACAAGACAGGCAGACGAUCAGAGUGCAGCAUUCCUCUUUUCGCGCCUCUCUCCUGGCCACGUUUCUCCGCCAGACUUCCUCUCCUCGCGCCCUAGGACCCCUUUCGGCCAGGCCGUUCUCACCGCCCGCUACGGUCAAUCUCUCUCUCUCUCACCGACCGGCUUGUAUUUAUUCAUUUCCCCAGAAGUCUUUCCAUCAACGCUUCAGCAGCCCAGGAAAAACAGAUUUAACUAUCCGCUGAGCAACCAUGGCUUCUGCACCGAAUCCUCUCCCUCUCGACCCCAAGUACGACGACUAUGACUUCCCCACGACAGCCCCCGAGCCGCAGUCUGGGCACCCCGGCCAUACCACCCCCGAGCAGGAUGCUCAGGUCGUUCUGCUGCGCUCCACCCUCGAGCAGUUGGGCUACAAGGACCGUCUGGAUACGCUGACCCUGCUGCGAUUCCUGCGGGCGAGAAAGUUCAACGUCGAGGCUGCCAAGAAUAUGUUCGUUGAAUGCGAGAAGUGGAGGAAGGAGUUCGGAACCGAUGAAUUGGUCCGCACGUUCGAGUACACCGAGAAGCCUCAGGUUUUCGAGUACUACCCUCAAUACUACCACAAGACUGAUAAGGAUGGACGACCCGUCUAUAUCGAGAAGCUGGGCAAGAUUGACCUCAAUGCGAUGUACAAGAUCACCACCGGCGAGCGCAUGCUGCAGAACCUCGUCUGCGAAUACGAGAAGCUGGCUGACCCCCGUCUGCCCGCUUGCUCGCGCAAGGCUGGCAAGUUGCUGGAGACCUGCUGCACGAUCAUGGACCUGAAGGGAGUCGGUAUCACCAACGUGCCUUCCGUCUACGGCUAUGUCCGCCAGGCGUCCGCUAUCUCGCAGAACUACUACCCUGAGCGGCUGGGCAAGCUGUACCUGAUCAAUGCCCCCUGGGGAUUCAGCAGCGUCUUCGGUGUCGUCAAGGGCUUCCUGGACCCCGUCACUGUGCAGAAGAUCCACGUUCUGGGCAGCAACUACAAGAAGGAGCUCCUGGCUCAGGUCCCUGCCGAGAACCUUCCCGUCGAGUUCGGCGGUACCUGCCAGUGCCCUGGCGGAUGCGCCCUCAGCGACAUGGGCCCCUGGCAGGAGCCCGAAUGGACCAGGCCUCCCAAGUGGGCGACUCCCAAGACUGGUAACGAUGAGGCUACCAUCCAGACUGAGGCGACGGGCCCUCAGGAAGGCAACGGACAGCCUGUCGCUGCGGGUGAGACCGCAACUGAUGCCACCGCUACCGAGGAGGCCAAGGCUACUGCAUAGGUUCACAGCACUUAAACAUUUCUUUCUCUCUCGAUGUCCGCCUCUUGUCCGCGGUCGGCCUUUUUCCACCCCAAGCAUGUGGCCGUCCUACCAUCGAUGGCACGGAGCCCACUUUGUGAUUUAGGAAGCACUGAAACAUAUUCCUUUCACCUUCUCGUUUGACUCAAGACCUUUUUCUCUUUUUUCAUUUGCGAUGGUUCCUCUUGGAUAAGUUUUCGCGGCAUCGACAAUACAGGGUUUCAUGUGCAGAGGAGGCUGGUCCCGUUAGCUGAUUGUUGAGACUUGCUUUUACGUUUUUGCUCCCCCAAAUAGAUAUAAGGAAAGGGAACUCAUGGGA